CACAGUUUUCAGGACUCAUUCAUCAGCCUGCACUCUGCCUGCGCCGUAUGUGUAUGCGUGUGUGUGUGCGUGCCUGAGUCUUAAGGGGGUACAUGGUCUUUUCUUUGUGAGACACAUCCCCUCCUCUGUCAGAAAACGAGAGAGAGUGAGAGAGAGAGAAAGAGAGAGGGAGGAAACGAGUAAGGGGGAGAACUGCACUUCAGAUCUCACAUGCCAUGGAAGAGCAUGCGCUGCUCUUCUGGAUUUCCAUGGGACUUAUGUCCGCCAUGGUCGGCGGGGCCAUGAGGAAGAUCCUGGCGACGCACGUCAGCACCGGUCCCACCAUGGCGGCCUGGCUGGGGGUCACCAUGCUGGUGGAGCGACUUAGCUCGCUGGGCCUCCCUGCCGUGCUGGCGCUGGCCGCUCUGGGAGCCGUCUGCCUCCUUGUGCCCUACUGGAGCCCCCCGGUGGCCCCUCUUCCCACAGAGGGCAGGGCGGUCUUCAUCACAGGUUGUGACUCCGGUUUCGGGAAGUCAGCCGCUCAGAAGCUGGAUGCGCUUGGGUUCGAGGUGUUCGCCAGCGUCCUGGAUCUGAGUGGAGAAGGAGCCCAAGAGCUGCAGCGGGUUUGCUCGUCCCGUCUCACACUCAUCCAGAUGGACAUAACCCAAGCCCAGGACAUUCAGCAGGCGCUGGCUCGCACCAAGGCCAAACUGGGGCUCCGAGGCCUGUGGGGGCUGGUGAAUAACGCUGGGGUGUGCGUGAACUUCGGCGAUGCGGAGCUUUCUCUCAUGUCCAACUACAAGGGCUGCAUGGAGGUCAACUUCUUCGGCACACUGAGUGUCACUCAGACAUUCCUGCCUCUUCUGCGGCGGGCGAAAGGCAGGAUUGUGACAGUGUCCAGCCCCUCAGGGGAGCAGCCGUUUCCCUGCCUGGCAGCGUAUGGUGCUUCCAAAGCGGCACUGAACCUGUUCAUCAACACUCUGCGGCAUGAGCUGGAACCCUGGGGUGUCAAGGUGUCCACCAUACUCCCGGCAUCAUUCAAGACAGGUCAAUCCAGUAAUUCUGAGUACUGGGAGCUCCAGUACAAGCACCUCCUCCAGAACCUACCUCCAGCCCUCCUGGAGGAGUACGGCGAGGAGUACAUGCUGGAGACGAAGCAGCUUUUUCAGCAACACGCCAAGAUGGCGAAUGAGGACCUGAGCCCCGUCAUCGACACCAUCCUCGACGCUCUGGUGUCACCGCGGCCCAAGGUGCGCUACUACGCCGGCCCAGGCGUGGGCCUCAUGUACUUCAUCCACAGCUACUUCCCCAUGUCCCUGAGCGACCGCUUCCUACAGAGACUCUUCGUGAAGAAGAAAGUGCUGCCUCGGGCACUGCAGAAGCACGGCAGCAACAGCAGCGACAGCCACAACAACAACAACAUCGACAAAGUAGGCGAAUAAACGCGGAUCGGCACACGCAGAGAUGCGAUAGGACCAGCCAUUUAACGUACUCACAGUGAUGUUUUCCCACUGUACCCUCUUCCUUACCUGUGUUUUGUACUUUUUGAAGGGAUCACCAAAUCGCACCCAAACGUCUACAUCUUACUGGAGGACAUGGCACAUAUAUGCGUGUAAUAAGGUCAAACAGGGGACAGUAGGCUAAAGUUCACAAAGCCAGACUGUCAAGCAGCUUUUCUGUGCUGUCUUGGAAAGGAGGUUUUCUGCUGAGGGAGAUUAUACAUACUGUCCACCUGAUAACUACAGAUACCACUAGAUUGGUUACAUCAUGUGACGUGUUAAAAUCUCAGCUCUUGGGAGUUUUACUUACAGAAAAAUGUUCUGAGAGAAAAAGGAAAAUUGAUUGGUUCAGAUAGAUAACCAAUCAGAUUGUAGAGGAGGUGGGGCCAAGAAACUAGAACA